AUGAAGAAAUGGUACAAGAUGAUGUUGGUCAUUUGCUGGGGGACGGGUAUUCUACCUGCGAGUUUGCGCGUUAUAUUUCCAGAGGUAAUCAGGUUCAAUCUAGCUCUAAUCAUGAUGUGUGGUGUUGUCAUGAUUGGGACAUAUGCGGUUAUCCUCUACAAGGUGAAACGUUCUCAUCAAAUCGCAGUACCAUCUUCACUGUCACCGUCUGCAGCAAGUGAAAGAGCCAAGGAGAAUCGCAUGUCUGGUACAAUUGCAAUCAUCGUCGUGUUGUUCGCUGCCUGCUGGAUUCCUCUUGUCGCAUUCAGCUUAGCGCUUCCUCAAGCAACUCUGCUUUGCAAAUAUGACAUGAAAUUCAGUUGGACCAAAACUCUAAUGUUUGCCAACUCUUCCAUGAAUUUUAUUGUGUACAGUUUGAGAAUCCGUCAGUUUCGAGCUGCAUACAUGACAUUCAUCAACAGAAUGUUGCAACCAUUUGGGAAGGUUGUUGGAAAAUGCUUUCGCACAACUCCCAUUCAACAAAAUAACAGCUCAACGUUUGAACUUCGUAUUUUCCAUAAUAAUUCUACAAAUCAAGAAGGUCGAAUUUCGGGUUGUGAGACGUCAAGAACUCAACCCCUUAACUAAUGAAUGAUAAUCUGCUGGAUUUGAUUGCUUUUUUAAACAAGCGUGUUUCAAACUUUACCGUGCUCUCGAUGCUCAAAACUCGCUAUUUUUAUAAGGCGGUGAUAAAAUUCGUUUAUAUGAGAGUGCAAAAUCGCCCAGUGUGUCGU